AGUGACCGACCGAAGUGUCGUGUGGGCCACCGACACUGGCGCAGACAGAGUCACGUGGUCCGUUUAAAUCUCCCAGCUGUCUCGCACGUAGAGAAUUCUAUGGUUGAGGCUCGAUAAGAUCUAACUUGCGUCUGAGCUAAAGAUGGCGGACGGAGAGAAUGCGCUCCUGGAUCCCAGCGCCAGGGUCUCUGAUACGGGAGAGCCCCUGUCCAAAAAGCCCAAGUUAGGCGUGACGAUGGGAUGUGGGGUAAAAACCUGUCGGACAGAGCAGGGAACGGGAGAGGCUCGGGCGGCGGAGGUAGCUGAGCGGGCGGAAGGGGAGAGGAAGGUUGAGGCGGUGGCGGUGGUGGUGGGGCAGGCCACGGCUCCAUCAGGCGGAGACAAUGAGCUGGUUUCGGAGCUCGAUGGAGAGCCGCUGAAUCAGGAAGAGAAGGCGCUGGUCGACGGACCCACUACGGAGCUACCAGGUGUACCUCCCAAUGGAUGUCAUCCUCACGACUGUGACGGCGACGAUGAUGAUGACGACGACGACGAUGGUGAGGAUGAUAAUGACGACAGAUCUUCACGAGCAAGUUCAAGCGAUUGGACACCUCAACCGCAGAUAGGUUCUUAUAGUUUUAUUCAGCAACACAUCAUGAGAGAAACCGACCCCCGAACAAUUUUGAAGGACCUCCUUCCAGAAACCGUUCUUCCACCCGACCUUGAUGACAUGACCCUCUGGCAGAUAAUUAUCAACAUCUCAGAACCCCCCAAAAGAAAGAAGCGCAAAGAUCUGAACACCUUGGAAGAUGUGGUCAGGCUACUGCAGGAGUCCAAAAGGAUUCUGGUCUUAACAGGUGCUGGGGUGUCCGUGUCAUGUGGAAUACCUGACUUUCGAUCCAGAGAUGGCAUUUAUGCCAGGCUUGCUAAAGAUUUCCCUGAUCUUCCAGACCCUCAAGCAAUGUUUGACAUCGAAUAUUUCAGGAGAGACCCAAGGCCUUUUUUUAAAUUUGCAAAGGAGAUCUUCCCGGGACAGUUCCAGCCAUCGCCGUGCCACAAAUUCAUUUCGAUGCUGGAUAAGGAAGGGAAGCUUCUUCGGAAUUACACGCAGAACAUUGACACGCUCGAGCAGGUGGCGGGCGUGCGGAGGAUCAUACAGUGUCACGGCUCCUUUGCCACAGCUUCCUGCCUCAUCUGCAAGUACAAAGUCGACUGUGAAGCAAUUAGAGAAGACAUCUUUAAUCAGGUUGUACCACACUGUCCAAGGUGUCCCGACUUCCCCUUGGCGAUCAUGAAGCCCGAUAUAGUCUUCUUUGGAGAAAACCUGCCAGAGCAGUUUCACAGGGCAAUGAAACGGGACAAAGAUGAAGUCGACCUGCUCAUCGUCAUUGGGUCUUCUCUUAAGGUGCGACCGGUGGCACUUAUCCCAAGCUCGAUCCCACACGAAGUGCCUCAGAUUCUGAUCAACAGAGAGCAACUUUCUCACCUGAACUUUGACGUGGAGCUUCUGGGGGACUGCGAUGUCAUCAUAAACGAACUGUGCCACAGGUUGGGUGGGGACUACAAGCAGCUGUGCUUCAACCCUUUAAGACUGAGUGAAAUCACGGAGAAACCCCCGCGGCCUCAGAGAGACCUUACCGCGGAUCCCGCCUGCGACGCCACGCCAAACUCCCCGCAGCUCGGCGAGAGGGAAACGGGCCGGUCGAAACCGACCUCCGCCGAACCCGUGGAGGAUGCAGAGGGGCGCUUACCCCCCAAGGCCUCGCCCCCUCCAGAGGAUGUAACAGACAGCCACCCGAACACUAGGACACAGUCCCCCGAACACGAGGACAACGAAAGCCUCGAGCCGCCACUUGGAGACGUCCACACAGAUGACGCCUUUAGGUUGAAGGACAGGAAUCCAAAAAUUGAGGGGCACAGAAGAUGCUGGCUGAGCCGAGUUGGCAGGAGUCCAAUCAGCAAGCGCCUCGAAUCCUGUCAAUACCUGUUUCAAGCUCCAAACCACUACAUCUUCCAUGGGGCCGAGGUCUACUCGAACUCGGAGGACGAGACGUCCAGCUCGUGCGGCAGCGAGAGCGAGGGGUCCUUCUGCAGCCGCAGCCCGCUGGAGGAGGAGGAGGACAGCGACGCAGACGAGCUGUACGGCGCCACCACCGCCGACGAGGAGCAGGAGGCCAGGGAGGAGGGUCUGAGAGACACGCUGCCACUAAAACAAGCUAGCGGGGGCUUCCCUUCUGCGGUACAGUCGGAUAGAGCAGCCGAGGAUGUCCCAAACGCAGCACAGACGGACAGUGCGGCCGAGGAUGUCCCAAACGCAGCACAGACAGUCAGUGCGGCCGAGGAUGUCCCAAACGCAGCACAGACGGACAGUGCGGCCGAGGAUGUCCCAAACGCAGCACAGACAGUCAGUGCGGCCGAGGAUGUCCCAAACGCAGCACAGACGGACAGUGCGGCCGAGGAUGUCCCAAACGCAGCACAGACAGUCAGUGCGGCCGAGGAUGUCCCAAACGCAGCACAGACAGUCAGUACGGCCGAGGAUGUCCCAAACGCAGCACAGACAGUCAGUGCGGCCGAGGAUGUCCCAAACGCAGCACAGACAGUCAGUGCGGCCGAGGAUGUCCCAAAUGCAGCACAGACAGAGAGCGUGGCCGAGGAUGUCCCAGACGCAGCACAGACAUUCAGUGUGGCCGAGGAUGUCCCAAACGCAGCACAGACAGACAGCGUGGCCGAGGAUGUCCCAAACGCAGCACAGACAGACAGCGUGGCCGAGGAUGUCCCAAACGCAGCACAGAUUUGAGAACGAACUCAUCAGACGUCACCAUUUUAGCGACAACGUGUCUACAGGCAUUAAAACGGCAUGGGAUACACACGUGCACGCUCGUCCUCUGACCCUGGACCACGCAGCAGGGUCGACGCGUGUCCUUGAGUGUGGAGGCGAGGGGUGGUGGGAUUAUAUCGCUCGUAGCCGCAUUGGCGGCGUGAGCGUUACAGAAGCUACGCGACGAUCUGUCACAGGACCUUUUGGACCAAGUAAUAUGAACACUGACCGCUGCAAGUUUUUGAGACCUGUAGACUGCUGUAGAAACCUUGUGUCCUGGUACUGUUGGAAUAGGCUCCAGAACUUCCUCAACGAAUAAGGAGGUGUGAAACUGUCAUUAAAGCUAAAGAAGAUCUAAAUUAA